AACGUUUCAGCCGGUUGAUGAAAGUCGUUGACAGAAUGUCAAUUACAACGGAAUUUGUGUUCCACUUUCAUUCACAUUCCUUAGUUAAGUUGGCCUAACUGUUUUCUACCCAAAUCAAAUAUGGUGUAGAAUUAUUAUUUUUCAUAUCGAGUCAGUGUUUUGUUCUGUCCUAUUGAUGGUCGGUUUACUCAUUGUAUUUUAUGUGAAAUAUAACCGGUCGUCCGUAUAAAAUGCGGAUUUAACGAAUUGAUAUAGGAAAGAGGAAGGAAUUCGAGGAAACACCUUUGGAAAACAGGAAGAGGAGAUAUGUUUGCGAAGAAGAAAAGAAAGCCCCAAAUCUCUCCACCGACCAAUUUCGAACAUAGGGUCCACACCGGCUUCGAUAAGAGAGAAGGGAAAUUUGUUGGUCUUCCUCUACAGUGGGCUUCCAUUGUCGGAAACAAUCAAAUUCUAAAGAGCACCAACCGACCUCUUCCUUUAGUGGAUCCGUCAGAAAUUACACCAACUGAAAUUCUCGAUCUUAAAACAAUUGUACGUGGUGAUACAAAAGUGAUUAGGGGGUUAAUCAGUCCUGGUGAAGAGCAGACAAAUGGAAUUCCAAAGACUUCAAAUGUCGCCAGGUCUAAUUCACUCAGGUCAUCCAGUCCUCCGAGGCUCAGGAGACCACCUCGUUCCAAUAUCCCCCCUGCUGUUCCAGAAGGGCAAAUGCUCACUAUGCCUUAUACUGGAGGCGCACCAGGAAACUCACCAGUCGACUGGAGAGGGCCUCCUUUGCCGCCUUAUCAUCCUGCAUCAAACCAGCAUGUCGUGAAUGGAAACAACUUUCACAAUCCAGCUCAAUGGAUGGGAAGCAGUAAUAUGCAGUACUACGAUUCUUACUAUAUGAGCAAUUUUCAACAUCAUUUCAGAGCAAAUAAUGGAGGGCCACAACAAAUUCGUAGUCCAGACCAAAAUAUGAAUAAAGUCAACGGUACGAUGACACCGGCACAACAGCAAAGCCAACAGAUGCAGCAAAGUAUUGCUAAACAACAGCAACAGCAACAUCAAGACCAGCAAAGGAUAUCCCAUGAGCAGUUCCGAGCUGCACUGCAGCUAGUAGUGAGCCCUGGAGACCCAAGGGAUAGGCUUGAAGGAUUUAUGAAAAUCGGUGAAGGCUCGACUGGCACCGUUUGCAUUGCUUCAGACAGGGCAACUGGGAGAAAAGUUGCUGUGAAAAAAAUGGACCUAAGGAAACAGCAGAGGAGAGAGCUUCUUUUCAACGAGGUUGUCAUCAUGAGGGAUUAUCAUCACCCCAACAUUGUAGACAUGUACGAAAGCUACUUAGUCGGCGAUGAGCUUUGGGUCGUCAUGGAAUAUCUCGAAGGAGGCGCUCUCACAGACAUUGUCACACAUGCGAGAAUGGACGAGGAACAAAUAGCAACAGUGUGCAAGCAGUGUCUUAAAGCACUUGCUUACUUACAUUCUCAAGGAGUUAUACACAGGGAUAUUAAAAGUGAUUCAAUACUCCUUGCUGCUGACGGAAGGGUUAAAUUGUCAGAUUUUGGUUUUUGUGCACAAGUAUCUGAAGAAUUGCCAAAAAGAAAGUCACUUGUUGGUACUCCUUACUGGAUGUCACCUGAAGUCAUCUCUCGUCUCCUUUAUGGACCAGAAGUUGAUAUUUGGUCCUUAGGAAUUAUGGUCAUUGAGAUGGUUGAUGGAGAACCUCCUUUCUUUAAUGAGCCGCCACUCCAAGCUAUGAGAAAAAUUCGUGAUAUGGCUCCUCCCAAGCUGAAAAACACUCACAAGGUAUCAGGUCGACUGCAAGGUUUUCUCGAACGUCUUCUUGUCCGAGAUCCAGGCCAAAGGGCUACUGCUGCUGAGCUGUUGCAGCAUCCUUUCCUCAGACAAGCCGGCCCCCCUUCGCUUUUAGUACCUUUGAUGAGAGCUUCCGCACAUACUAAUUGUUAAUCAGUUAGUAAGUCGGGUCAAUCAAUUACGGCAUUUCUUAUAAAAGAAUCAUUGACCAUGUAAUUUUAGGUGUGUACCGGAUAAAAACCUUAUAGGAAAAUUAAAUUACCCGAAUUGGCACUUGACUCUCCAAAAAUUAGAAUUAAAGUAUUUUAAAUUGUAGUAAUGAAAGGGCAAAAGAUAUUCACAAGCUUUAAAUAUAAACUAUUUUAACCGAACGACAGACAUUUCCACAAUAAGAAAAAUAUAGGGUUUAAUAUAUUUUUUAAAAUGUUUUAUUUAUACAGAUGUGGCCUUAAAAAUGUUAUUAUUUACAUAAAAUAUUUAUUAUAUGUUUUUUUAUGGCAAAUUGAACAUAUAUAUGGCAACCUGAAGGCUCAAUAAAUGUUCGUAAAUUUUAAAAAUAUUUAUUUUAAUAUUCAUGACUAUGUUCAAUGUGUUUGUCUUUAGUGCUUUAUAUUGUUGGUAACAUCUGUUGAAAUUUAUGAAUAGCCAACAAGGAAGAAAUGAAAUUUGAUAAUUAUAUCAAUAAUCAUGAAGUGAAUUCUUUAAAAUAUAAUAUUUUCUAUAUGAAAUAGAAAUCCUCCAUCCAUUUACCAUAUUUCUAAUACAGGGAUUUCUCUGUUUAAAAGUUGUAUUUAUUGUACUUAUAUUUAAUUAUUUAAAAAAAUAAUCUUAAAAAAAACAGUAUCUUUGUUUAUGGUGUGCCUUUAAGUUUUCAUGUUAAAAAUAUAAGCAUAUACAUUGUUUGUAUAUGUCCAAAUUGUAACUUAUUUUACAGUUUUAUUUUAGCUUACAACAUUCCAUAGACAUUGGCUUGUGUACUGUGCCAAAAAUAAUUGUAAGUUCCAUUUUUUCCAAUUUUUUGUGUAAUUAGUUUUGUCCCA